GGAAGACGAAAAGGUGGUGGUGAGGCUGGGCCUUUCCGGAGGCGAUGCCUUCUGCAUUCUCAGUCAGCAAGUUCCCCGUCAGCAUCCCCGCCGUGAUCACGCAGACGGACUGGACGGAGCCCUGGCUCGUGGGGCUGGCUGCCUUCCAUGUGCUCUGCCUGCUGCUCACCUGCUUCUCAUCCCGGAGGUACAAGCUACAGGUGGGGCACUUCCUGUGCCUGGUGACCUUAGUCUACUGCGCGGAGUACAUCAAUGAAGUGGCGGCAGUGAACUGGAGGUUGUUCUCGAAAUACCAGUAUUUUGACUCGAGGGGCAUGUUCAUCUCCAUAGUGUUCUCGGCGCCCGUGCUCCUGAAUGCCCUGGUCAUCGUGGUCCUGUGGGUGCGCAAGGCCCUGACCGUGAUGACCGACCUGAGGGCCCUGCAGCAGAGGAGGAGGGCCAGGGGCAGGCCCAGGAGGAGUGACGCCUCGGAUCUGUGUCUGUGCAGGACGCUCGUGGUCUUGUCACACCUGGAGCUGCAGCUGGAGGAUGACAGGGAUGCGGAAGCAGCAAGUUCACUCUUCACCACCCAGCCGGGCCCCGAGGCUGCGAACCGCGCGCUCCAGGCCUGCUUGGUCCCGGGGCUCGCGGUGGUAGACGUGAGCUGGGAGCUGAUGGAGUCCUGGUCAUCUGCCUGGCCCGAGGGCCCGACGCCCCGACGCCCGUCCUCAGGUCUCAAGGCUGAAGUCGCAGCCCCACUGUGCCUCGUCCGGGCCACGGGGUCCCCUGCCGAGUGCACGGGGCUGUCAGCAGAUUCGGGUUCCCUGGCCUCACCUGCUGCCUCCUCAGGCCUCCCUGGGGCCUCUCCUGAGGAGCGCCUAGCUGGGGAGGCUUGGAGGAGGUGGGCAUCCGUCCAGCGCCCGUACCUGUGCCCGUACCUCCGCCCGUACCUGCGCCUGUACCUGUGCCCGUACCUGCGCCCGUACCUGCGCCCAUACCUGUGCCGGGUGUCCGCAGUGCCCUGCUGCUCCCGUGAAGCCCGGACGCUCAAGGCCCCGCGUCCAGGAAGGGGAAGAACCAGGGGCUCCUGGCUGAGGAUGCUCUCUGGGCGGGAUGUGGCCCGUGUUCGUGAGAAGGUGGACGCUGGCGAGAAGGAGGUGCUGAGGGGUCUCGGGCGGGAGGAGCAGCACCAGGGAAGAGGCCACAUGAGGAGGCCUGGGGGGCAGUUCGCCCACAAGUCUGCACGACCCCAGCCAAGGGCGCCCUGCGGCACCAGGCUCAGCGCAGGCGUCACCCCGUGA